GCCGCCGUCCACCGCCUCGACGCGCCCGUCGUGGCCUGGUGGCUUGCGCGAAGACGCGGUCGGCAGCGCGACGGCUGCAGGCACUGUUCAGCGAGCGGCGCGUGCGGAAGAGCUACGUCGCCGUGCUCGCCGGCACGCCGCCGUGCGAGAGCGGGGUGGUCCGCUCGCCGCUCGAAGGCAAGGAGUGCGUCACUUUCUACCGCCUCCUCGCCUCGCAGCCGAGCGCGCAGUUCGGCUCGCUGUCCACCGUCGAGCUGCGGCCGCACACGGGCCGCACGCACCAGCUCCGCCGCCACUGCGCCGAGGUGCUGCGCUGCCCGAUCGUCGGCGACACGACGUACGGAGGCGAGCGCGUGCGAGCGUCGCAGGCCCUCUACUUGUGGGCGGCGAGGCUGGAGUUGGGGGUGGCGCGCGAGGACGGCGAGGGAGGCGAUGGCGGCGAGGGAGGCGUCGAGGGUGGCGACAGCGAGGUCGGCGAGGGCGAGAGCGCUUUAGGCGCAGAGGCGGGUUCGGAUGCUGCCGCGGCCGAGGGCACGGCAGAGGAGGAGGAGGCCGCGGGCGACGAGCUCGGCCUGGCGGGCCGCAGCUUCUCGGCGCCACCGCCGGAGAAGUUCGACAAGCUGCUGGCAAGAGACCGAAGGGCUUGGCAGUGCGCCACGGCUCGGGCGGGCGGCGUAGCAGGGCGUGAGCUUGCCGCGAGAAGAGAAAGUUAAAGCCGUAGUAUUGAUUGUUGGCGGCGAACCCCGAGAGCCGAGAGACUCUUUUA